CAGAACUUAAGGUUGUCCCUUGUAAGCGAGACGCUUCUAGAAGGAUAUCUAUUCCACCUCUUUCAAUCAGUUCUACAGCAAAAGCAGAGUUCCCCCUUGUUCAUCUCUUAAUUAUUUCCUAAAUCCUAGCACCAAACACUGUCUGUAUUAGGAUAAGCUGUCGAUCUCUGCUUUCAAGUCCCAAAAAUAGCCCUUCUUAUCUCGAAAUGACCAUCUAAAACUAGUUGUCUACCAACAAUAGUGUCUCUCACCGACACGAUGAGUCGCGAAGUAGAACGCCCUGUUCUUUCGAUCCUCCGACAAGCGAAGUGUCCCACACAACUGCGAAUGCGUACCUCUUUCCUUUCAUCGCCUCACCUUGUCUUGCAAAGCCCUACUUUCUGCUGUCCCAGAAGCCGUACUGCUGUUCGUACGUUAAGUACUCUCUCCUGCAAAACGACCACGCCCAACCCCGACUUCGAACACUUCUUUCGCUAUACGAGUGGGCGAUGGCUCUGGGAUGAAGAAAAACAGCUUCAAGAUAGAUACAGGGUUUUCGAUGUUGCUGAGCUUCAAAUGUCAGCAGCCAAAGCAGCAGGUUCAGAGGUCUGUAUCUCAAUGACAAAGCUGGCAGAGGGAGGAUUUAACAAAGUCUUUCGUCUACUUAUGAAUGAUGGCAAAACCGUGCUGGCGCGGAUCCCAAAUCCAAAUUCCGGUCCCCCUUUUUAUACGACUGCUUCUGAAGUUGCUACCAUGGAAUUUGCUCGAGACUUCCUCCAGAUCCCCAUUCCUAAAGUGAUAGGAUGGAGCGCUACAUCCUCCAACCCUGUGGGCUCGGAAUAUAUCAUCAUGGAAGAAGCAGCCGGAACACAACUUGCGUUGUUGUGGGACGAUCUGAAUCCGGAUUCGAAACUCUCCAUCAUGAGGGAGAUUGUGACUAUAGAGACAAAAUUGCUGUCUUUAUCAUUUUCCCAUUACGGAAGCAUAUAUUUUGCGAAGGAUGCAGUACCAGGUGCAGUACCAGCCAGAAUCACUAGCGAGGCUCCCAUCGAAUUCAAAAAGCAAGUAUCAAAACGAUUUACAAUCGGGCCUUCUGUUGACAGAGAGUUUUGGAAGAAGGAGCGUUCUGCGAUGACUAUCUCACGGGGUCCAUGGGACAAUGCCAGGGAUUACUCGCUAUGUGUAGGUAGGCGUGAAAAGGAGUGGAUCACUCAUCAUGCCGUUCCAAAGCCACCAAGUGACGUGAGGUUGGUUUCGGCAGCUCAAAAUGAUCCACAAGCGCAUCUACAACUGCUGGAGAAAUAUCUCAAGAUUGCGCCUUCUCUUGUGGACAUUGACUCCUCUCUGAUUCGCUCAAUACUAUGGCAUGCAGACCUUCACUCCUCUAACAUCUUUGUGGAUGAUAGUCAUGUCACCGCUGUGAUUGAUUGGCAAGGCUUAUGGGCUGGUCCACUCUUUCUUCAAGCCCAGCCAUCUCCUCUUGUUGACUACCAAGGUAGCAUUCUACUAAAACGACCCGACAAUUUUAAUAGUCUUGACCCUGCAGAACAAUCUCAGGUUAAACGCAAGAUAUUCAAGUCCACGCUCUUCCAACUUUAUCUCAUGGAAUCCGAAAGACGCAAUCCCGACCUUGCAAGAGCAUUCCAUUUAGAUCAUGGGAAAACAAGGCGUCUUCCUAUUGAAUUGGCGGGGAACACGUGGGACGAUGACAUUGUCUCUUUUCGAGCGGCGCUCAUAAACGUGGAAAGGUACUGGGAUGAGCUUGGUAUCCAAGGCGACUGCCCAUAUCACUUCACGCAGAAAGAAUUAGAUAGCCAUCUGGUUGAUGCAGAGGGUUGGAAUGAUGUUGCAGAUUUCUUUGACAGCAUUGAAGACCUGGUGAAGAGAGAUGGUUGGACACACCCUGACACAUAUGAGGCUGCCUUGAAAUUCUUCUCGGAGCUCAGGAAACAGGGUCUUGAACGUAUGAAGGGUGAAGAAAGGCGCUCGUUCGAAAUACACACUCGCUGGGCAAAAGGCAUAAACGGAAGCUGAUAGAUAUAUCGAUGCGUCCUGCGCUGUCAUCCAUGUGUUCGAACUGUUAUCGCAACGUUUUACUACUUGCGACAAAACGACUUAACACCGGGGCCCCUCUUUCCGACCACCUCGAAAACGGGCAUCGGCCCCUUCACUUUCUCGACCUGAUCUU